AUGUCUUCUGCGUUCAGUUCUGGCGAUAGUAUAAUACAAAAUCAGUCCUCAGCCGCAGAUGUGGACAAAGUAGCAUUACACCACAUCUGGAAUGAUGAGCAGAAGCAGCGUUGCGUUCGUUGGAUAGAGAAACACAACUUGAAACGAGUUGCUUUACAACUUCCUGACGCACUUUUGCACCAUAGCGUGGAGAUCGUGAGCCAGUUACAAUCCGCUUCAAUCGACGACUUGCGGAUUUUUGUACUUGCUGACACAUCCUACGGUAGUUGCUGUGUAGAUGAAAUUGCGGCGGCUCAUGCAAACGCCGACAGUAUAAUCCACUUUGGGCACGCAUGUCUAAGCAAGGUUGCUCGAAUUCCGGUCGUGCACGUGUUCUUCCAAUACACCGUAGACGAGGAGCAUCUGCUCGCGACACUAUCGAACGAGUUCGAUACCAGCAAUGACGAACUGAUCUGUUUCUAUGAAGUUUGCUAUGCGAAUGCGGUGACCAAAAUACGAGAAAAGCUUGUUGAACGUUUUCCGAACCUUGUGGUGGCAUGUUUAGCGGAAGACAAUGAAAUCGCCGAUAUACUCUGCUGGAAGUUACAUGUGCCGGCUGACCCUAAGCACACGGUGCUCUACAUUGGUAGGGAUAAUCUGAGCUUCUUUAACACCGCGGUAGCUCUUGAAGCAUCACAGUGCUGUUUGUAUGAUCCCUCCAACAUCGAUCCACGGCUGGAACGAAUCGAUCCGAUUGGGGCGAAAUGGCUGCGCCGGAGAUACUACGCUAUCGAGCGAUGCAUGGACGCAGGCUCGAUCGGGAUCGUGGUGGCAACGCUGUCCACCAAGGGCUAUUUGGAGAUUGUGUCUCGAGUGCAACGGUUGGCAAAAGCGCGCGGUGUCCGCACGUACCUUAUCUCGAUUGGCAAGGUAAAUCCGGAGAAGUUAGCUAAUUUCGUCGACAUUGACUGUUUUGUGCUGGUUGGAUGUCCUGAAAAUGACAUAUUCACAUCGCGAGACUUCUUUCGUCCGUUGCUAUCCGUGUUUGAGGCCGAGAUGGCCUUCAACAAGAAGUGGAAAGACAAGUUGCUCAGCUGUUAUACUACAAAUUUCACCGAUUUGCUACCCGCUGGUCGCCUUUACACAAAUGUUGAGGAAACAUCGGUAACUUCGGAGGAUACAAAUGAACUUCCGGAUGUUAGCUUGAUCACGGGCAAAGCGAGACAUGUGAUUCAACACCGAGAAGCUGACGGUGAGGAAACGUUGGAAAACAGUACGGGUACGGAUGUGGUACCGAAAGGAAGGAAUGAGCUAGCACAAAUCAGUUCGGCCGAUCAACUUACGAGCAGAUCUUGGCAGGGGCUGGAGCAAAAACUUGGGCUCGAUGCUCCGGCCGUUAUUCAAAUGGGACGUUCUGGGAUUCCCAUAAAGUAUGAAAACGAAAACAAUAGCUCACAGUAA